AUGGCACUCAACCUGGAGGUAUCCAACAGAGCGCCGGCACUGCCAGUAGAACUCACGAAUGACCUCAUGGAUUCCUUUGGGAUCUUCUGCGCUACGUAUGGAGGUACACCUCGCGGCCAGCAGUCCCAGAAAGCCCUGCAGUGCUUCCCUAUAGCAUGGGCUUGUCUCGCCGUCAAGGAGGCGGAGAAGAAAAGCAAAGAAGUUCGUGACAGAGACGUGUCGAGGUGCUACCAGGAAAUCGCGCUUCCUGGCUGGAUAAAGUUGUGCCACCGAGCUAUCACGGAGUCCGCGGAGUCCGACAACCCGCUGCGCUUCCCGGCCGGGUUGGAGUCUAAGCUCUACUUCCCCACGCUCGGAGUUGCCAUCAUGGGGAACAGAAAAAAGUCGAGAAAGAAACAAGAGGUCCACUUCCAGGAAGAGGAGGGGGACCAACAGCAGCUCGUCGACUUCGAGCCCGAAGGGGAGGACGAAGAUCAACACGUCCUAGCGUCCCCCACCGGCCCGUCGUCGCCGUCUCCAUGGUCGUCGUCGUCCUCUUUGUCGGAAGACGAAGGGAAUCCGUCGCACCGUUCAUCGGAUGAUGACGAUGGUGUUGAUCGAUUGUCGUCCAUGCAAUUGCUGGAGGCAACGUGCAAGGAGGAGGUGAAGGCUUACCUCCGAGCGUUGCGGCACAGGCAGACCCCUCCGGAGCUGUCGCCAGCUACCAUCGCGUGGCAACAGCGUCUCCUGACGGAGUCGGUGCCCGCCUCAUCGUCUGUCGCAACAGCGUCAGAUACGUCGUCGUGUCGAGCCUCGUCUCGUGGAACGAGUGCAACUGCACCGACAUCGGCGGACACCGUUGUCCCCUGGAGCACCAUCGUUCGUUCCGUCCGCGCAGGCAACGAGUGGAUCAUAUCCCUCGCCGAGUUCGUUGCUCACUGUGCCCGUAAACACGUCUACCUCGGUGUCGUGUUGCAGUCGCGAAUGCGCAAUCGUCCGUCGUAGCACCACCUGUUACUUCAAAUCGCAGGUGGGAUCGACUGCUGUAGCGACCGAAGCCCCUGUUAGUACUUUUCUGCAAGCAGCUACCGUUUCGAUAUCCGCGGCUGACCUCCGCAGCGUUCCCAAGCUGACUGGAGACCGUGCCGAGAAUGUGAUAGAAAUCUUGAAACAUUUUCGUACGGUAGUUGGGCUGAAAGCCGCAGUUGUCGACACGGAUUCGUCGUAUGCUGAUGGGGUUGCACUCAAGCACGUUGCCCUUGUGGGAACAGGAUAGGUGUUGACCCUGAUACAGCAGAUCUUGUCUGGACAUAUAUACUGUUCUAAGGCAAGCACGUUCACAGAACCGGAGGAAAAAGGGUCGUUUCCCCCUCCGACCACGUGGGACGCCAUGUGUUCUGUUUUGCUUGAUUCACUUCUUCCCGCAAAUUUAGUUGAGGGGGAGGCACACAAUCUCGCAACGUUCGUCCAAGGGCCGCAGGAAUCUGUUUCCUAGUAUGCGCUCCGUUUCCGUACUGUCGUGGCACGGUUUCAAGCUGCCGUCGAGCGUGAUGGUAGCCGUACCGCUUGGAAUUGCAUGACAGUAGCGCUGUGGCAAAAUGGCACCCAUCGUUAUCGUUUGCUCGUUUAGAGCCAAUACCGUCCCCGUCCCUAAAACUCAGUGCCGCAAAUGGUGCACCAGUCAAAGUUUUAGGAUUUAUUUCGUUCGUUGUUCGGUUGGGAGACGUGUCCCGCCGAAUCGAUGCGUUGGUCGUACCAUCGCUCGGUCCUGAUCAAAUCCUAGACAAUGAUGCAAUGACUCGGUUUGGGGCAGUACUUGACUGGAAAAAUGAACGUUUGACUUUUGAGUGUAGUGACACUAUUGUCCCCGCGAUUCAUCGUAAAAAAUCUCAACACGGUUCUGAUCCGUUGCCGUCCCCUCGUGUUGCAGCCGUUCAUCGAAAUGCGGA